UAAAAAAUGGCGAACAGUAUCAACAAAAGUAGCUCGGUUAAAUGAAGAGUGUUUUGCUGUCUUUCUGCCUAAUAAUGUGGGGUUUGGGCGCCAUAGCAUUAUUUCCCGUACGGCGAUAAACGACCGAGCCUGUUGUGGGCUUCUUAAACUGUAAAUAUACUUGUCUUUUUUUCAUCAAGAACAUCCUAAUACGUAAUCGUACUAAGCGAUUGUCUAUGAGAGCGUUUGCCGUGUCGUCACCGGAUGGUCACGUGGUGUCUCGGUCGGCAGAAACCCUGCGGACGUCAAUAGCCGACCACGAGUUAUCGGGUUUAUUUGUGUUAAUUAAUAAAUGGUAGUGUCGUGUGAGCUGUAUAUACAGAUCGUCAACGAAGGAGUCUUCGAGCUCUUACGGCAUCCCAGACACAUGAAGCUCAUUGGAAGCAUAUGUGCAGCCGCAUUACGUGACACAAGUGGAACUAUACCGACCGAUGUUUGCUUUCGGCACUUUAUAUCCUAAUGCUUAUCCUCACUAGGGUCGCGGGCGCGCUGGUGCCUGUCUCAGCUCACUCUGGGUGAGAGGCGCCGUACACCCUGAACUGGUCGCCAGCCAAUCACAGUGCGUGAAGAGUUGUAACCAUGAGUAGUCGCAGAAAGAAGGCUCCCCCUGUGAGGGUGGACGAGGAGGCGAAACAGAGGUUGAACUGGAACAUGCUGGAGGAUCGGCGGAAUGAGGAUAUCCAGGGAAUGCCUUCUUGCUCCUCCUUUCCUGCCCACCCGACUUUGGGCAUCUCCUUGGAUGUCCCACCGCCGCCCACUCCCCAGGAACUCCCCGGAACGUCGUCGGACUCGGCAUCCGCCUUCCAGGCGCUCAACGUGGUGCCCGCCUCCCAGUUUGGCCACAUCUGGAAGGCGCUCAUCGGGGAGUUCCGCGUCCGGCCGGCCCGGCUCCCGUCGGACCGUCGGCACGAGGCGUUCUCACUUUGCAAGAUGGCCGACCGGCUCUGCGUUAGUUUUGGGAGCCCCGGGGAGCCCGACACGGAUGGCGACACCUGCAGCGCCGAGUGCAGCCUCGCUCGCGUCCUGCUGGAGGACCUGGACUGGCUCCAGAAGAGACGGGUGGUACAGCUCUGCCACCAGGCAGACGAUGACUCCUUCAAGGUCGGGAUUUACCUGCUGGAAAGCGGCCUCGGCAAGCCGGAGUUCCUCAGUGAGGGAAACGCUCGAAUGAAGAAAGCUAAUCAGCUCAUGCAGAAGAUGAUGGAAUAUUAUUACGACUUCAUCAUUCCCGUGGUGGACAACGAGGAGGAAUGCGACACAGAUCUGGAGAGGCAGAACGUGGAGGAGCUCUACGACUACGUCAGGUGCGUGCAUCAGACCGACGGCCGACGGGAAGGGAACGCUGAUGUGCAGCACCAAGCUCUGCUCCCGGUGCUUCGCCCCUAUCAGAGCCAGGCUGUCAACUGGAUGCUGAUGCGCGAGAAAUUCAGGAAUACGUCCCUCAAAGAACAAUCACUGCAUUUCUUGUGGCGGGAGUUGGUCACUUUGUGUGGCAAGAAAUUGUUCUACAACCCUUUUACCGGCUGUUUAAUUCGUGAGUUUCCACUCGCUGGCGUGGAGCGGCCCGGCGGCAUCCUGGCCGACGAGAUGGGCCUCGGCAAGACGGUGGAGGUUCUUGCUCUGAUUCUGUCUCACGGUCGACAGGACCUGGAGCAGGAGGCCCUCACCAUGCCUGUGGGAACAUCUGUGAAUUAUUUUGUUCCCCUACCUCCGCUGGAGAGCGAGAAAGUUAGCCACUGCAAUCCUGCAGUGCAGCCCAAAAUGAAAGCAUCUCACCCAGCCAUCCGCGUGAUGCUGCUCACCGCCAUCAGGGAGAUGCGCUCGGGCAAAGGGGCCUCCGUCAACGCCGUGUUCACGUACAUCCGCGCCACCUACGGCUACGACCUGCUGAAGAACCGCAGCCACAUCAAGAAGAUGUUGGCCAAGCUGACGGACGAGGGCCUGGUGGAGCGGGUCAAAGGCCGCGGCCUGGCCGGAUCCUUCCGGCUGGGCAAGAAAUACAAGGACGCCAAGAAGACUCUUGCGGCAGCGACCAAAUCUAAUGUGAAAUACUCUGAGCGCUCGCCCAGGAAGACGUUCCAGAGGCGCGCGAAGGAGAAGGCCGAGGCGGCUCUCCAAAACGCCAUGAGUGAAGAUCUCGGCGACGUCAAUUUCCCGACGGUAUCCCACGACGCGAAGGCGGAACGUGACGCCGUGCCGGGACAAUUGGAUCAAGUAUCCAUCUCCCGGGAGGAGCCGGAGCCCCCCGUCCGGGCGUCGGUGGUGCCCUUCAACGCGGCCGACUACCGCUUCGAGUGCAUCUGCGGCGAGCUGGGCGUGGUGGACUACAAGGCCCGUGUGCAGUGCAUGAAGUGCCAGCUGUGGCAGCACGCCUGCUGCGUCAACUACAAGGAGGAGAGCUUGGAUACCACGCCCUUCUACUGCCCCCACUGCCUGGUGGCCAUGACGCCCGUCUCCACCGGAGCCACGCUCAUUAUCUCGCCCAGCUCCAUCUGCCACCAGUGGGUGGAGGAGAUCAACCGCCACGUCAAGUCCGCCUCGCUGCGAGUGCUGGUGUACCAGGGCGUGAAGAAGCACGGUUUCAUCCAACCGCGCGUGCUAGCCGAGCACGACGUGGUAAUCACCACCUACGACGUCUUGCGCUCGGAGCUCAACUACGUGGACAUCCCGCACAGCAACAGCCGCGACGGCCGCCGCUUCCGCAACCAGAAGCGCUACAUGGCCGUGCCCAGCCCGUUGGUGGCCGUCGAGUGGUGGCGCGUGUGUCUGGACGAGGCGCAGAUGGUGGAGUGUCCCACCGCCAAAGCGGCCGAGAUGGCGCUGCGCCUCGCCUCGGUCAACCGAUGGUGCGUCAGCGGUACGCCAGUGCAGAGAGGCUUGGAAGACCUUUACGGCCUGGUGCUCUUCCUGGGCGUGGAUCCGUACUGGGUGAAGCAUUGGUGGGACCAGUUGCUCUAUAGUCCGUAUCGCCGCGGCAACCCGGAGCCUCUCUACAGCGUCGUGGCUCAGCUGCUGUGGCGCUCCGCUAAGAAGGAUGUCAUCGAUCAGAUCCAGAUCCCAGCUCAGACGGAAGAAGUGCACUGGCUGCGCUUCUCCCCAGUGGAGGGCCACUUCUACCACCGGCAGCACGAGGAGUGCUCGCAGGACGCCCUGCUCAAGCUGCGCAAGCUCUCCGACUGGAGUUUGAAAUUGGGCAGCCUGGACCGCCGCACCGUGGCCACCAUCCUGUGCCCGCUGCUGCGGCUGCGCCAGGCCUGCUGCCAUCCGCAGGCAGUGCGUGGCGAGUUCCUCCCCCUGCAGAAGAGCGCCAUGACGAUGGAGGAGCUCCUCAAGUCCUUGCAGAAGAAAUGUCGAGUGGAGUGCGAAGAGGCCCACAGACAAUUGGUGUGCGCUCUCAACGGCCUGGCCGGAAUCCACAUCAUCCGAGAUGAGUUUGAGCAGGCGGCCGAGAUGUACAGAGAAGUGCUGCGCUCGUCAGAGGAGCACAAAAGCAGAUUGAAGACGGAUUCAUUGCAGAGACUUCACGCCACUCACAAUCUGACGGAGCUGCUGAACGCAAAGCAUCCUGGGAUUCCUCCCACUUUGCGAGACGACCGCCUCAGCGAGGAGGCUGAGCAGCUGCGUCAGCACUACAUGACCAAGUACGACUCAGAGGUGGCCGACGCCCACCAAGCCCUGCAGCCAGUUUUGCAGAACAUCAAAGAGCUCAAGCGCAAAGUCAACCUGAGCGCCCCCUGGUGGCUGGAGGUCAUCCAACGGGCGGUCCGUAGCUCCACCGACGACGACCUGGUGGGCCGCGUAAAGAACGAGCUGACGUCCAGCUACAAACAGCAAGCUCACAAGCUCUCUAUGGCCGACAAGUUCCGUGACGGCCACGGUCUAGUUUACCUGCUCACCACGCAGAUGGAAGACCUGAUGAAAUCCCAGAAGAUCGUCCGCGAGGCGGUGAAGAGCCUGGAAGGGCCGGCGUCUAAGAAAGUGAUUGACGAGGCCACCGUCUGUCACCUCAGGCCCACGCGACUCCCGCUCAAUAAUUGUGUCUUUUGCAAAGCCGAUGAGCUUUUCACCGACUACGAAUCCAAACUCUUCUCGCACACGGUGAAAGGCCAGACGGCCAUCUUUGAGGAGAUGAUCGAGGACGAAGAGGGCCUGGUGGACGACCGCCUGCCCACCACCAGCCGAGGCCUGUGGGCGGCCAGCGAGAUGGAGCGCACGCUCAAAGCCAUCCUGACCUUCGCCAAGGCCAAGCGCGUGGACGCCGAGCUGGUCGAGGAGGGCAACGCCUUCAUGGAGCUCUUUGAGACCUGGAAGAAGGAGUACAAGGUGCUGCACGAGUACUGGAUGGUUCUGCGGAAUCACGUGUCCGCCAUUGAUGAGCUGGGAAUGGCUACCGAGAGGCUUCGCGUGCGUCUCCCCGACGAACCGAAGCCAAAACUGCUACACAUAAUUGAGCCGCACGAGGUGGAGCAAAACCGAGUGAAACUUCUCAACGACCAAGCGGUGGCCAAGUCUCAGCUGCAAAAGAAGCUGGGACAGUUUUUAUACCUUACAAACCUGGAGAAGUCCCAGGACAAGUCCACUGGUGGUCUGAACCCGGAACCGUGUCCCAUUUGUGCUCGGCCACUCGGAAAGGAGUGGGCGGUGCUGACGUGCGGCCACUGCUUCUGCAACCAGUGCAUCGCCAUCAUCCUGGAGCAGUACAGCGUGGGCUCGCGGCGCCGCGCCAUCAACUGCGCCAUCUGCAGGCAGACUACAUCUCACGCCGAAAUCUCCUACGUGUUCACCGCGCAGGCGUCCAGCCAGGACCAGGACAUCCCAGUUAAGGGGAGCCACUCGACCAAGGUGGAGGCGGUGGUGAGAACCCUGAAAAAGAUACACGUGAGCAACCCAGGCGCCAAGUGUUUGGUCUUCUCUACGUGGCAGAGCGUCCUCGAUAUCAUCGCCAAAGCUCUGUUUGACAACAACAUGGAGUUCUCGCAAAUCAAUGGAAUCCAAAAAUUCCAGGAGAACCUGAGCUCGUUCAAAUACGAGAAGAAGAUCAAUAUCCUGCUGCUUCCCCUGCACACGGGCUCCAACGGGCUGAACAUAAUCGAGGCCACGCACGUGCUACUGGUGGAGCCCAUCCUCAACCCCGCCCACGAGCUGCAGGCCAUCGGACGCGUGCACCGAAUUGGACAAACCAAGCCGACGUUCGUGCACCGCUUCCUCAUCAAGUCCACCAUCGAGGAGAGGAUGCAGGCCAUGCUCAAAACGGCAGAGAAGAGUCACAGCAGGGCCGCCAUGAAGCACUCGGAGGCCGCCGUGCUCACCGUGGCCGACCUGGCCGAUCUGUUCACCGAAGAGGACGGCCAACGUCUGCAGUGAAGACUACCCACGAUGCACUGCUCUCUCUAUACCAUAAUUAGACGGGGCGGUGAUGGACAUUCCUUGAUUUUGGCACAUUUCCGGUUUUUCUACAAAAGCAUUGACUUUGAGUCAAAGGGGAACUUUGGACUUUUGAAUGCGAGUGUGCAGUAUGCUUGUAAUGACGUGAAGUCAUUCAUCCCUGUGCUGUUUUCCCAACUUUCAGGAAAUAAAAGGCAGUUACUUGGGACGACCCGGCACGCUUGUGUCAACUGACAGGCAGGAAGGAGGGCCAUUGUUUCUGCUCUUGUGUCGUUACAAAAGAAAUGAGAGCCUUUUACGGGGUUUCGUCUUCUUUGGAGAAUGUCUGUUGAAGCUGGCGUCUUGUUGUGUGUGGAGGCGGGACAGUGAAAUCUCAGGAUUCCGUCUCUUGGAAACCAAUCUUGUAAAUUCAGACUCAUUAAAAAAAAAAAAAAAGGA